AUGCUGGCGGCCAUUGAUCUACCCGGUCUGUGGGUUUGCUGCUGCGCUCGAGUGGCGGCGGUGGAUUGGAUGGCUGUCUUUCUCAUGACGCAUCGAGCUGCAACGUCCCGAGCUUCAAUGCAUCGCGGCAUGCACUUGUCCGUGUUGCACGGCCGGGGAGUCCAUGUCCACAGAGCGUGGACCAGGUCACUGGCCUGGCACCCCGUGGCCGGCCGCCGCAGCAUCUCAGAGACACCUAUGGCUGACCCCGAGCUCGUCUAG